AUGGCUGACCUCUGGGGAAACAAUGGCCAAAUAGGCCAACAAUUCCCCCUCGAACAAUGGUUCUACGAAAUGCCCCCCGUCACACGAUGGUGGACAGUAGCCACCGUGGCAACCUCCGUCCUCGUGCAUUGUCACAUCGUGACCGAAUUCCAACUCUUCUACAGCUUCCGCGCCGUCUACGCCAAAUCCCAAUACUGGCGCCUCCUAACCACAUUCCUCUACUUUGGCAAACUAAACCUCGACCUCAUCUUCCACGUGUUCUUUCUCCAACGAUACUCGCGACUCCUAGAAGAAUCAUCCGGCCGGUCCCCCGCGCAUUUCGCCUGGCUCAUUUUCUACGCAACGAGCACACUCCUGAUUAUUUCACCCUUUCUCUCGCUGCCCUUCUUGGGAACGGCGUUGAGCUCGAGUCUUGUGUAUAUCUGGGCGCGGCGGAAUCCGGAUACCCGGUUGAGUUUCCUGGGGUUGUUGGUCUUUCCCGCGCCGUAUCUGCCGUGGGUGCUUAUGGCGUUUAGUUUGAUUGUGUACCAGACGGUGCCCAAGGAUGAAAUGCUCGGUGUGGCGGUUGGCCAUGUCUGGUAUUUCUUUAAUGAUGUCUACCCGACUUUGCAUGGUGGUCAUCGGCCAUUGGAUCCGCCCAUGUGGUGGCGGAGACUGUUUGAGACUGGUCCGGCAAGGGAGCGUCCGACGGAUGCUAUCGAUGUGAAUCCGGACUUUGCGGCUGCUGCUGCGCCGGAGGUUCGUUGA